AUGGCCGAUUUCCCCGCAAAGAGACGCAAGACCGGGGAUUCAUCUUCGGCAGUCCCCGUUGACGACGCGACCUCUGCUUCUUCGCCGGCGGUAAACAACAACCAGAGUUCGCGGCCUUCGAUUUCCUAUCGCCAAUCGUUCCAGUCCCCCACGAGAUCGAGUCUCGCUCGAUCGAACCCCGAAGUGUUGUCGCAUGUCCUCAGCCGAUCUCCAAUUAAAUCUCCAAUUCGAAGCCCAACCCGGCGCGAAAGCGGAUUUGGAUUACGCGAUAAAAAGGCCAUCAGGCCGUCUCUGACAGGAGGCUUUGAGCGCGCAAUUGGAGGAGGAUCCGCUCAGAAAAAUGCGCUGAAUCUAUUUUCGGGGAUAUCUCCACGCCGGGGAUCUGGCGCAAUUCAAGCUUUCGCGGUGCCUCCGCGCAGAAUAUCAAGAGCAGCAACGGGAACGCCAGUGGUGGAGAGCAGUAGUAGUCCUGUGAAGACUCGUCAACAAUCGAGGGAUAACGUGCUUACUACGCCGAGCAAGAAGCACCCUGAUCCUGAUGAGCAGUUGGCUUCUGAGUUGGACAGCGCGACUCGAGAGCUGGAGCACUCGGGACUUCUCGGCCCGUUGCCUUUGCCAGACGAUUACGAGGAGCCUGAAUUACCGCCAACACCGACCCAACUAGGCCUGGAACAAAGGCCGGAAAGAGCAGGACGAGAUGUUUUAAGUAGUCCCAGCGCUGGACGAGGGCGACGAAAAGCUCCAUUGGGACCGAGCGGUCUUGGUGAAGCUAUAGAUCUGGCUGUGCCAGACCGCGCCUCCGAAGACCGCAAGGUCCCUGAAGCCGUCAGGAAAAAGGAGACUGUGAAGAGUGAGUUAGAAGCACAACUUGAUAAACUCAAAGCAGACGUUGCCCAAUUGGAGAAAUGGGCGCUGCAAGCCAAACAAGGGACUGGCGAGUCACAACUUGGCCAAGAUGCUGUUACGAAUCUCAUCUCAAUUCUUAGCUCAAAUGAUACGACAUAUGAUCCCCUUUCACGGUUACUGGCACCGGAAACACCUCCAUUUUCAGCUCUAAUAUCAUCACUCCUCCCCUUCUCCAAGAAAAGUGUACCUACAAAAAAAGACACCACAUCUCCCGAACCAAAGAACUCCUUUGCUCUUGAGAAAACCGACGAAUCCAAGCGCUAUUUAACGAUAUUCGCGCCCCUAAACUUGACAUACGCCUCCAAACUCUCUGUCCCUUCUACCGACUCGGCGUCUGCCGUUACCGAGAUUCACGAGAUUAUCAUUUCAGCACCGGCGCCAUUUCCUCAGCAUUUAUAUUCGAUACCUUUAACUUUUACGACAGAAUUACAGUCAGAGCGUAUCCUGUCCAUAUCUUUGGUGAAGAAGACUUCUGGCUCGACACAGCCCAACAAAAUCCCCCCUGGUCUUCAAGCGUGGAUCAAGUCUCGACUAGCCAGCCCUUUGCUUAAACUAGACAUUUCCGGUCUUUGCGCAGGAGUUGGCCAGUUCUGGGAAACAUCUGUCUGCCGGGCACGCAUGUGGUCAGCACUACGCGAAAAAUCCGAAAUGCUCACCCAAGGUAAGAAGACUGUUGAGGGCAAUACUAAAUUGUCGCUCUCCGAGGAGCCCAUAAACAACAAAUCCACUCUACGAUCUCUCGUCCCUCAUCUCCAACGAUCAUCAAUGCUUUUUGCGUACGACCCAAAAAAGAAGCAAGACUCUAAAAAAAUCUUGCUCUCCUGCCCACUGGACCUGAACCACUGGACCGGUGAAGCGCAGUUAAAACCAGAUAUUAGCGUAUUUGCGCCAGACCUGGUUCAGGGCAAAAGAAACAAAGCAGAGCGAGAUAUAAAGCAGCUGUUUCACAAUUUGCUUAGGGCUGGUGCAUCAGACUCGGAGAAUAGGGAUAGUCGGCAAAUAGAAGCUAUUGUGAAAGCGACAGAAGGGGUUAUUGAUGUGUUUUUUGGGUUUAAUUCUUUAGCAAGGGGAGAUGAUACAUAG